CCCUUUAUUAACCUCUCUAGAUAUCUUCAACUCCCUUCGAUUCAACUUCGUACAAUACAAUACAAUUACGUACGUACGUAUAAUACGACGAAUAGCACGACCGAAAAAUGCCUUCAAGGGUUGCAGAUAACCAACCAGCCUUUGUCCAAGUACAUAAACAAUUAGACCUCAACGCCGUCAAAGAAUUGCCGGAGUCUCAUGCGUGGACGACGUUGUCGUCGUCCGACACCUCCGCGGCUUCCACGGGGGAAUCGAUUCCGGUGAUCGACCUAGGCGGGGAGGAGAAGGGGGUGGCGGAGCUAAUAGGGCGUGCAUGCAAGACGUGGGGGGCAUUUCAGGUGGAAAACCACGGUAUUUCCCAAGAUUUGCUGGACCGUAUUGAGGCCGCCGGGAAAAGCCUCUUCUCCCUCCCCUUGCAUCAGAAGCUUAAGGCCUCUCGCUCCCCCGUAGACGGCGUUUCCGGCUACGGAGUCGCUCGGAUUUCGUCUUUCUUUCCGAAAGGAAUGUGGUCCGAAGGGUUCACCAUCGUCGGCUCGCCGCUCGAACAUGCCCGCCUUCUAUGGCCUCAUGACUACUCCACUUUCUGUGACACGAUUGAAGAGUACGAAAAAGAGAUGAUAAAGUUAGCGGGUAGAUUGACGAGGCUAAUUUUGGAAGCCAUAGGGGUUUCAGAUGAAGAACUGAAAUGGGCUAUUGGGUCCAAAAUGGAUCAGGCCGAAGGGAGGCGUUCGGCCAUUCAGCUCAACUCGUACCCGGCAUGUCCGGAUCCGGGCCGGGCCAUGGGCCUGGCGGAGCACACGGAUUCCACCCUCUUCACCAUCCUCCACCAGAACAACACCAGCGGGUUACAGGUUUUCCGGGAAGGAUACGGGUGGGUCGCCGUCCCGGCGAUCCCCGGGGCGUUGGUGAUCAACGUCGGAGACCUCCUCCACAUGCUCUCGAAUGGGGCUUACCAUAGCGUGCUCCACCGCGCAGUGGUGAACGGGAGCAGACACAGGAUGUCGGUGGCGUAUCUCUACGGCCCGCCGCCGGGGGUGAAGAUAUCGCCGCUGCCCAAACUGGUGGCGAACGGGGAGCCGCCCAUGUAUAGGGAGAUUGCGUGGAGCGAGUAUCUUGAUAUGAAAGCCAAACACUUCCACAAGGCGCUUUCUUACGUUCGGUUCUAAGAAACACAAUUAAUUUUCUUUUUUUGAAAGGAAAACCAUAAUUAAUCAUAAUCUAGCCAAGUUAUAAAUUUGGUUGCCCCCUUUCCAGGGAAUCUGGGAUUAUUGAUUGGCUUGUUACUCUUUUUCGGUUUAUAAUAACUGAAUAAACAUUAAAAUAUACUACGCAUGUGUUUAGAU